AUGGCCGACAUCCGAAGCUCCAUGGCCCUCCUCAAGGGCAUGGCGGCGACAGGCGCUUUGGCGGAGGGGGAGCGGGACGGGAGUGCGUCAGGAAAGGCAGCGGCGGAGGCCAGUGGCGCGCAGCCGCUGAAGGGAGCACCGGAAUUUAAAAUUGCUGCGAUUGAAGCGGAGGAGGUGAAGGCGCAGGUGGAAGCGGCGAGGGGGGAGGCGCGGGACGCGGCAAGUGAGGUACGCGGGGAGAUGGGCGCGCUUAAGGCGGAACUUGCGCGGAUGAGGGCUGCGGCGGAGCGGCAGGCGGCGGAGGUGGCGUACGUGAAGGCGACGGCGGCGCACUCGGAGGCGCGCAUCAACGACGUCGAGCUGGCGCUCGCGGCGCUCAGGGCAGAAGCGGGGGAGCAUGCGGAGGCGGAGAGGCGCGAUGGGAAGAAGCGGAAGAGAGACGAGGCGUGCAAGGAGGAAGCGAUGGCAGAUGCUCCUUCGGGCGCCGUACCUGCGCUUAUUGCCGUUGGACGUGCGCCUGAAGGACAGCGGGAUGCGGCAGAAAGGGUGGGCGACACGAACGAGGGCGAGAGUGGCGUAGCGGGUGACCCGGAGGAUGAGCUGAAGGAGCUGAGGGCGCGAGUGGAAGCGCUGGAGAAAACGAGCGCUGGGGGAAGGAAGACGUGGUCGGCACUGAUUGGACUGUGGGCCAAGGUUCAUUCAGGCAGGUCUCGCAUAGACCUUAGCGGCGUCUCCCUCCUCACCGACGUUGCUCUCACUCGACUCGCCUCCGUGCGCUCGCUCACGUGGCUCAACCUCAACGGGGCGUCUGGCUUCACUGCAGCGGGAGUGAGACAGCUCUUCUCUCUCACGAACCUCGUACUUCUGAAUUUGAUAGCUACAAACACAGCGGAUGCUGCUCUUGAAGGGGUGACCGAUUCCGGCAUGAAGCUCCUGAGGAAUAUGAAAUUCCUGGAGAAGCUGGGGCUGUGGGAUGCGAAUCUGACUGUCGCUGGUGUCCAAUGGCUCAACGGGCUCAAGAGUCUCCAGAUGAUUGGCACGGAAACUGAAAAUGUUGAAUGCCUCAUCAGGGACAACUUCCCUGGGAUGAUUGUAACACCAGGUCCACUUUAA